AUGCUCGAUAGUAUGAAGGUCAUCCUCAAGAUUAGUAGCUCAACACUCGAUUCAGACGAUUCAGACGAUUCAGACGAUGUCUUGGAGUACUAUGGCAGAUGGGGUCGCACCGAACUACUCGAUGCACUAUCCAAGUAUUUCAAUUAUCGUCUCUACUCUCGUCUACCACUGGCCGUGCGACAGGCUGCCGUCAAUGGACAUGGUCACUUUCUCAAGCACGUGCACUCACACGAGAUGGUGUCCUCGGCCAACAACAGAUCAUUCUUUUUUGGACACAACCUACUUGGUGAUGCAUUGGCCAAUGGACAUACACAUCUCAUAUCGCUCAUACUUGAUGAGCUCACCCAGAUCACAGUCCAGACGAUACCCAGGUGGAUGGCCGAGUUGCAUGGGAUUGGCCCACAUCCACAGAUGACCAAUAGGAAAGUGGACUUGGACUUGGAAUUGGAGCGUCAAUGGCUCAGGACCAUGCUCAUCAGAGCAAUCUCAAGCGAUGAUCUGGUCACUGCCGGCACCGUCCUUGCUCAUUGCAAAGGGUUGACGUUUGACAACGAUCACACAAUACCUUGGACACGCAUGUCUCUGUCGAUGGCAACACUCAUCUCUGGUCAGAAAAAUAAGCCAUUACAACUGGACGGUAAUAGCCUAUAUCACAUGGUCAAGGCCGUUGGUGAUAAUAGCUGCCCUUUGACUGUGGACGUGGCAUGUAAUCUUAUCAAAAGCUUGAAGCCCUUCAAAAGGGCCGCAACUAUUUCUGAUCUCGAAUCAAAGGACAAUCCACUGGUUGAGGCAGCUGGAUUCUCUCUCCCACUCAUGGAUUUAAUCAACAACACAUUCAAGUAUCAGUACUUCACUGGGUGUCUGGUCAACGCGCUCCAGCAUGACUGUCUUGAGACAAUCAAUUAUACUCGCAGAUUUGUCAACAGUUCAUCAUCCCAGUAUUAUCUCGAGGUCGUGGAAUGCUUUGCCAAGAGCUCGCUCGAGUCGAUCAAACUAGUGUGUGGCAUCGAGAUAAAGAAUGUGGAACCUCUAUGUAUUGCAGCAGUUAGGAACACACAGCAGGUGUUUGAUUAUAUGUACAAGAAGUACUCUUCGCAAUUGAGCACCGAUUCAAUACAGAGUAUCAUUGAUGCGGCUUGCCAACAUGACAAACUGUACAUCCUCAAGAAAUUGUGUACAAAGCACAAGAUGAUGCCUAGCCUCCAUGUACUUCAGACAUUGGAACCCACAGCCCUUCAAUCAAUCAAGUACAUCAUAACACACUUGAUCCCAUCAUCCUCACACCGUCAAAGAUUGAUCAAUGAGAUAUACUCAACAGCAUACCGAUAUGGUCGCACUGGGGUCAUGAUGAUGUGUAUCAAUCUUACCAAGACAUGUCCAAGUCCUCUUCCAGCAUUGGUGUCAUCACACACUCAAUCACCAGCAGCAGCGGUUCCAAGCACUAGCCAAACAAUGGACGUUGCGUUCCAUCUUGUAUUCAGAAACAGGUUGUUGGCCAACAAGGUCUUUCACGAUGUAGGUGACAUACUCAAGCGUUUGAAUGUUGGAGGUGGCAUGGUGAUCAAGGGUGGACAGUUGUUGUCCAACGGAUCACUUGUCGAGUACAUUCGAUUUGGAGCAACCGAGUGGUCCAUCAAAGGUUACUCUGAGGUCACAACUGGCAACCUUCCAACACCCUUUAACAACAAACUAAUCAAUAUGGCAAUCAGCAAGUGUGACACUCGUGCACUUGAGUACCUGAUCAAGAACAACAAUAUGAUGUUGAGCAACAAUCACACUGAUUUGGAGCACAUGAUACGAUCAUUGUCUUCCUGCCAAUCACCAGUCUGGGAGCAGAUGUUGGAUCAGUACAUCAACUUGUCGUACGAUCAAUGUCUGACCAUCAAUGGCAAUCUACUACAUCUGAUACAGCACCCAUCAUUCUUGCGCAAGUUGUUCACACGCAAUAUAAUCAUUAGGUCCCCGAGCUUAAAUGACUUUCAAUCGGUUGCGGGUCAGUGGCUCGCUAGCAAUCCAUUCAUUCUUGAUAUCAUUAAGAUGCUACACACAUGCCACCAGAGCGACCCUAUCCUCACAUACAUGCACUGGGACACCAUAAUGCGACAAGCCAUCACUGUCAACCAGCUCCAGGUUGUUCAAUACCUUGCUAGUAACGUCGAAUACAUCAUAGAUGAGCUGGCAAUAGAAAUGGACUUUGAGGCAGAGGCAUUGGAUUCAACAAAGGGUGAAUAUCUCUCGCUCUGUGGCGCAGCUGGCCAUGAGGACAUGGUUGAUUUGGUAUUCUCAAUCAUACCUCCAUUCAGUGUUUCAGAUAACUUUAUAUCAAUUAUCUAUGGGACUGAGGCCAUAAGAGGUAAUCUCAAGUUGGACGACGUUCUAGCUGCAGGACAUUUGGAUGUGGCGACUUUCAUGUUGGACACACAUCCUCGAUCUUCUCCUUACUACAACGAGAUCGUUGUUACAGAUAUCCAUCAGAGCAUCAUUUCAAUUGGAUUGAUCGAGCGGUUGCUCUCUUGCGAGGACAUUACUUGUUCAUUCAAUAGAGUAAUGGCCAGAGCAAUCUUGGCAAAUCACUGGUGGAGAGUGGAUCCCGAGGUUGGCAAGUUGAUCGCUCAGUACAUGCACACCAACUCUUUGGAUAUUGACAUUGAUGAUGUUUGUUGCAUUCUCCUUGCCAUUGGACUGCCUCAAAGCAAGGUGACUUUUGCCAUGUUUGAAGACUUUGUGAACAUGUUAGUGGACGAUGAUAGCUUACAGGAGGACCGAGAAAUCAUUGGUGCUACACUCAUGAAGGUGGCUGCAGGCAAAUCGAUGGAAGCAGUCAGGUGGUCAAUUAGAGUGGCAUCCAAGCGUGGAGACGUACAGUCGACAAAGUUCCUAGUUAAAAAGACUUUGUAUCGUUUUGACUCGUCGUACCGCAUGCGAUGGAAAGGACCAAUUAUGAAUGUGGAGGUACUUGACUAUCUUUGCGACCGUGGAUAUAUUGGCACCUUUGAACACGAUGGCCAAUAUCUAAUGGAGUUGAUGGAGGUGGCCUGCUCAAAAGGACAUGUUGAGACGAUGCGAUUCCUACAAACGAUGAUCAAUGACGAUGAACAGGGAUGGAUCUGGCAUUCUCAAAAGCAAUUGGUUCCAUCUUUGGACAGUAUUGACCAGGCAGUCUUGAACAACCAUUAUAAUGUUCUUCAUUAUCUCUUUGGCGACCCUCAGUCAUUGCUCAGGACACAUAUGGACCCAUCACAUCUUGUUCGUAUACUCAAACAACUCAGACUAAAGGCAUGGUACAAUGGAUGCAACCAUCAUAUUAUUAAGUUGUGUGACAAUGUAAUAAAGCAGUACUGA